AUGUCCUCUGCUUCAUCAACCCCAAGGAGUAUUUCUCCUUGCUUCAAUGUUGUUGAACGCUCUACUGGUAGACGCUUCUUGGCACAAAGGAAGCCUUUGGAUGAAGAAUUGGAAAGGGAUAUUCAAAUGCAUAAUGUUUUGCGUGAAUCGCCUGAUCUUGCUCAAUUACACCAAGUUUUGGUGGAGGAUGGUGAAGCUGUGAUAGUUUAUGGAAACGCAGAUCGCUCCUUCCUUGAUUCUUUACUACCUCCACCAUCUAGACGUUCACAUUCAAGAUCUCCUUCUACAUGUCAAGUUGGGGAAGCAGCACCCCGUCCUUCUGGAGCCAGGGAAGAACAAGUACAGAUCUUUGUAAAACAAUUACUAACAGCUCUAGCUUAUAUGCAUAGUCGGGGGAUUGUUCAUUUGGAUUUGAGACCAGAGGUUAUUUUACUGCAGGAUGAUCAUCUUCGACUUGCCGAUUUUGGUCAAAGCAGACGCUUAAUUAAUGGAAAAUUGAUGGGUGGUUCAAUUAAAUCUAACCCAGAAUUUGUUUCUCCAGAGGUAGUAGCUGGAACAGAACCAGUCACUUUAGCAGCUGAUAUGUGGAGUGUUGGAGCCCUUACUUAUGUACUCCUUUUUGGUCAAUCACCCUUUCUUGGUGAUAAUGAUGAAGAAACUUUGCAAAAUGUCUUAAAAGGGGAGUUUCAGUUUGAUGAUACAAACCAACAAAUUUCGUCUAAUGCUCGUGAAUUUGUUAGGAAACUCCUAGUUAGAGAUCCACAUGGACGUAUUGAUGUUCAACAAGCAUUGACUCAAGAGUGGUUAUCCGAUCCUUCCUUAGACGAUGCUAAGCUUUCUACUGAUUGCUUACGUGAAUUUAAAUAUCGACAUCAAUGGCUCGAACGUCGAGUAUUUGUACAACAAACUCCUUCGGAGCAAUUAACACAAAUGGUGGAAGCACCUCGAGCUUUGUGUACUGCAAGCAGUAAGAGGCCUACAGCGGAGCCUGCUACGCCUUCAGAAAUUUCUAGAAGGGAACCUUUAGCUGUAUAUGAUUAUUUGCAUAUUCGAGCUGAGGAACAAGCAGCAAAACAGCCACAUUUUGCCCAACAAAUUCAAUCUCUAAGACAGAAGGGUCUUUCUCCGUUGCCAAUGCGUGAAUCUCCAACACCUAGAGGCCAAAAUAAUUUUGGUGGCCAACCUUUUGGAGAUAGAGGAGGGCAACAACAACAACCUCCAUUCCCUAUACCUCCAAAUAAACGAAGUCAAUCUCCUGGAACUCCUCGAUUUCCAACAGAACCUCCACCCAUUCCAGACUGGAUUGUCUCUCAAUUACCCCCGGGCGUUAAAAAAGAACAUUUGCGAUGGGACCCCUACGGAGGAGGAUUCUAUUUGCCUCCAGAAUUUCAACCGAAAGGUCAGGGAGCCCCUCCACCCUUACCUCCUCGUAGCAGAAGUGGCUCAUCGGAAAGAUCAGCCCCCGGUGGGGGAUAUCAACAGCAAACUGGACCCCCUCAGUUUGCACCUUUACCUGCAGGAAUUUCAAAGAAAAUCGAGGAGAUGGCUGCAGCUGCGGCAAAGAAACAAAAGCAACCACAACAACAGCAGCAACAGAAGUUGACUCCUGAAGAGACCGAAUUCCUUGCUGAUUUGGCUAAGCAAUUUGGAAUUACUGAAUUAAAAUUAGAGGAUUUAAAAAAUCCUCAAUCAGCCCUUAUGAAAUUAAUUAGAGGAGAACGUCGACAGAUUCAAGAGGAGCUUGCUAAUCGUGUUCUUUCCGAUAUUUCCGAGGAAAGCGGUGGUGGUGAUUCGAAUAGCUCAGCCACCCAAAACAGUGAACGUUCCUCUGGUACAACUACUCCUCGGCCGCAAAAACAGGUUCCUCGAAGAACAACAACCCCAAUAGAUGCUAUGGAUGCUGACGGGGAAGGGAGUACAACAACCACAGCUGAACAUGAAGGUCCUUCCUCUAGUACGGUAACUCCCUUAGCCUCUCCCGCAUUUAUGGCCGAAUCUCCUCCUCCACUUAAUCAACAAUUACAACAUUUUUUCCCAUCAGAGAAACUUCCAGACGAUAUUUCAUCCCCACCCGAAAUACUUGAUGAAGCAGAACAGCAUUUUACUAGCAAACAUCUUCCCCUUCAAAUCCCAGAUUUUGGUAUAAAAUCGCCCGUACAACUUUCACCACGCGGGGAACAUACUAUGAGUGUUCAGAUUGUGCCGAAGAAAGAGGCCCUAUCGCCAAAUGCUUCUCAUGAUUCAGCAGUCCAAAAACCUUCCCCUUUCCGUCACUUGCCUGAUACAGAAUUUGAUUUACUAAUGGAUGCAGUUGAUAGAGUUAAACGUGAUCAAGACAAACGAAAAUCUGAGAAAACCCCAGCUUUACUUAAACAAGAAGAAAAAGACCUAGAAAGUUAUAGGCCAUAUUCAGCUUAUGCUGAGUAUGAACGUGAAGUAAAAAGUUUACAAACACUUAAAAAUAUUAGUGGAGAUGAAGAUUUUGCUUGGGAAUCAAAUUACCAAAUUGGGCCAGAAACUUUAUUGGUGCCAACUUUUGGAGCUCGUUUUAAUGCUCGAGUUAGAGAUUAUAGGCGUGGAAUUUGGGGUGAUUCUGCUGCCUAUGUUUUUUCUGGAGAACUUGGAGCAAGAAAUACAGAUGUGACUGUUAGAGAAAGGCGUAGAUAUACUGAUUUAAUAAGAGAAGAACCCCUAGUUGCAAAAUCAGUUGAUAACGUACUUGAAGGUUUACUCCAAACCCAUGAAGGUGCACAACGACGAGUAACAAAUGGGGAUGAAAUUGAAGCCCAAGGAGAAACUUCUCCUGAAGCGUUACAAAAUGGUGGCGAUAAAAAAUUUGCACCCAUUUUCCGUUCACGUCUACGUGAUGGUUAUUUUUCUGAGAAUUCUCCUUCUGUCUAUAUGGAAUGCCAGCCUAUUGGUAACCCUCCGCCUGAGGUUACCUUCUUUCAUCAUGAAAGUGCACUAUGUGAGGAUGGUCGGCAUCAAAUUACCCGUUUAGGGAAUAAUAUAUGGAGAUUAACCAUUUUAAAACCUCUACACGGUGUAGACACAGGGGAAUACUCAUGUGUUGCUACAAACGAAUUGGGGCGAGAUAAAUGUAUUUGUAAAUGUAUUGGAGGAGAACCUCCAAAUCGUCCUUCCCGUCCCGAAGUUGAAUUAUCUGCGGACACUGAGGUUUAUGUCAGUUGGGAAGCACCUGAAAGGUUACCUGUUACGCUAAACGGGACUACUUAUCGGAUUGAAUGUAGACCCGCAGGUGAACGUGAUGCUUUUUCGGCUUGGACAUGUUUAAGUAAUUGUGUUGAGGAAGAAGCAGUGGUGAUUAAGCAUUUAUUGCCUCAAGGUAUUUACCAAUUUCGCGUAACUGCUAAAAAUGAAUUUGGAUGGGGAGAGCCUUCGAUACACUCAAGAAUUAUUCGGACACAUCCUCGAGACGUAUUACGUAAGGAAGGGCGUCGAUUUACUGUAGUUAUUAUGCCACAAAAAAGUAAAGGCCCAGGGCUUACCGAAAUUCAAGAAGAAUUGGCUGAAAGAGAAGAGGAAGAAGACGAGGAAGGAAUUGAAAUACAAAAUGAUGAAAAUACUAGAAAGGAUUCUUUAAGGAAUGGAUCUGUUAAUGGGAACGGAAAUGGAUUUUCGAAGAAAGUUCAAUUAAAUACUAGUGAGGACCCGCUUAAACGAUUCCAGCUAGAAACAGAACUUUUCCGUGGCCAGUUUAGCGUUAUACGUUAUGCCAUUGACUCUAAAACAAGUUCCCAUUGUAUAGUUAAAAUACGUGCCUCACCUACUCACGGUUCAUUAAUGUUUGCAACACCAGCAGAACGCAUGAAAGCGGCAUUAAUUGAAUAUGAAACGCUAUCAGAGUGUCAACAUGAAAAUAUCGUUCAGCUUUUAGCUGCUUAUUGCUCCGACAAUGCUUUCCAACUUCUUUUCAUGGAGCGGCUUUAUGAAGAUAUUUUUCAUAGAUUUGUGAGACUUGAGACAUAUUCCGAGGAACAAAUAGCUUUUGUUAUUCGUCAAAUUGUUGGUGCUCUUCGAUGGAUCCACUUUUGUGGAUUUGUUCAUGGUGACGUUGAACCUACAAAUGUAAUGUUCACAACAAAACGAGCUUGGCAUGUUAAAUUAAUUGAUUUUGGGAGAGCUCGUCUUAUAGGUUCGCGUAAUGGAUUAGCAGGUGAUGGACAGUUACUUGAAGAAUGGACUGCACCAGAAGUUCUAUUAUUAACAACUAAAAAGACGUCUAACAGUUUGGAAAAUAAUUCUGCCAAAAAUAUCGAAGAUCAAAUUUUGGCCAAUCAGCAAAGUGAUAUGUGGGGUCUUGGCCUAAUUACUUUUUGCCUACUUGCUGGUUUCCAUCCAUUUGCUGAUGAGACGGACACACCUCAAGAAGUACGGCGUAAUGUACUUGAACAGCGUUGUGAUCCGAACCUUAUCCCAGUACAGGCAAGCGAAGAAGCACUCAAAUUCGUUUUCUGGGCUUUAAAGAAACAGCCAUCGCGGAGAAUGCGUACAGACGAAGCACUUUCACAUCGGUGGUUGGCAUCAGAUCAGGCAAUGGUUCGCCGCCGUGAAAACAUAAAAUAUGGUUCCUAUCGGCUUAUACGUACAGCAAAACGUCGCCUUCAGCAUCAAUGCCAGUUUGCACGAAAUGGAGUUGGAGGGAAUGAAAGACAGUUGGAUAAAGCUGAGAAUGGAACUGGGUUUAGUCAGAAUAGACGGUCUGAAGUGAACAGAUCUUCAACAUCCCAAAACAAUGGGAUGCCAAGGCAGCGAAUUGUUUCAGCUGAAUGUUAA